AUGAUGGAAAAAGAGGGUGUACAUGGACAUCCGUCAUCUUGUGUUGAUCGUGAUCAUCCAACGAGGAUACGAUUUGUGGAUAAAGAUGGUCUUCCUAUUAUGAGAAUUAGAGAGGGUUUUCAAAUACGUUUCACCGAACUUCCACUGCAUUCCGUGGCUAUUUCAAAUGCAGAAAAUUCGUUGGAUCGAAGUUGGCAGUUGCAAAAAAUUCUUGUUGAUCUUAAUGGAGAGUGGUCCGAAUUUCUUGGAGAGUUACAAUUUGCAUUCGUGUGCUUCCUGAUGGGACAGGUUUAUGAAGGUUUUGAACAGUGGAAGCGACUAAUUCAUUUGUUGUGCUCCUGUACGAAGGGACUCAUAGAACAUAAAGAAAUGUACAUGGCAUUAAUACCGGUACUUCAUUUCCAGUUAAAGGAAUGCCCUGAAGAAUUCUUUGUCGAUAUUGUUUCGCGAGAUAAUUUCCUAACAACUACACUUUCUCGACUGUUCGGAAACAUAAAUGAUUGUGAAUCAGCGGACGCUGCAUUAAAGGAGAGGGCAAGAAAAUUUAAAAAUCUCUUGACAAAACGAUUCAAAUGGAAUUUUGAUACGCAGGAUGAAUAG